AUGAAGAGUUUAGGGCCUCUUCGGUACUUCCAAGGACUUGAGAUCUCCGACACCUCCGAUGGAUAUUAUCUCUCUCAAGCCAAGUAUGCCUCCGACCUCCUAUCUAGUGCCGGUCUCACUGACUCCAAGACUGCUCCUACACCUCUUGAUUCUGAUUGUCGUCUUACUCCGAUGGAUGGUGUUCCCCUUGAUGAUCCGACUUUGUAUCGUCAGCUGGUGGGAAGUCUCAUCUACCUGACUGUCACUCGACCGGAUAUUGCUUAUGCCGUCCAUAUCGUCAGUCAGUUUAUGUCUGCUCCUCGGAUGACUCAUCAUUCUGCUGUCCUACGGAUUCUCCGGUACGUCAAAGGUACUCUUCUUCAUGGGCUUCAUUAUUCCGCUCGUUCUUCCUUAGUUUUGACCGGGUAUUCUGACGCUGAUUGGGCGGGAGAUUCCUCUGAUUGCCGCUCGACCACUGGGUUUUGCUUCUUCCUUGGCGACUUGCUUAUUUCGUGGCGCAGCAAGAAACAGACAGUUGUCUCCCGGUCCAGCGCAGAGUCCGAAUAUAGAGCCCUUGCCGAUACCACUGCCGAACUUCUAUGA